AUGAAAAAUUUCUUGUUGCUCUUCCUUACCCUGCUGGUGUCAAUCGAGGUGGUGGAUAGCGUUGUGUACAGUUGGAUACUCAGUGUGAAUCCGGUCGACACGGAUGAAGGAAAAGAUGGCACCUCAACAGACAACAAAACUAAAGGGAACUCAACAACGCUGCAGGUAUAUUCAGUGAUCUUGGAUAUGAAUUGUUCAGUUUAGUAUGACCAAGCGUAUCACCUUACCGAGUAUUUUUUACAAGGUCAUAGUUACUCAAUGUGAAUACUGUAUUUAUAGACCUAUGGGAUGUUAUUUCCUUUUGCAGGCCUGUAGAAAGGACAGACACUGUGGUCAAGGAAGCUACUGUCACAAACACAACGGACUAUGUCAUGCUUGCAAACCAAUAGAAUCGCCGUGUCGCCGCAAUAACAUGUGUUGUGGCGGUAUGGAAUGUGUGUUCGGAUUCUGCAGAACGGCUCUUCCGCGGGGUACCAAGGGCGCUAGGUGCAGAAAGGACCGCAAAUGCGAUGCAGGACUGUGCUGCGUGAAAGUUCACGGAGAACCUAUCUGCAGACAGUUGCUUCAGGAAGGCGAUGACUGCUCCGUGCCGGAAGGCGGACUUGGUUACGCAUUGAACCAGAAGUGUCCGUGCGCUGCCGGCCUAACGUGCAAGAAAGUCAAGCAUCGGCAUAGAAAGAGGUAAAUCAACUAUGGACUUUCAUCCUUCGUGACGUUCUAAAAAUCCAAUAGGCGGUAAUCAAAAUUCAACACAGCAAAGCUGUACAAGAAUUUGCUGAACUGAUAAGCCUUCACAAUCAUUAGCCCUUUGUUGCGGUUAUUGUGUUUUAAGGUUGUUUUGGCGUAAUUUGAUUUCCGUUCUCGAUUUUACCUUUAAAGUUAUCGAGCGUUAUUCGUGUGUAUUUUCCAGUCGUUCUUAAUGCUCGUCUGUUGUUUGUUUGCAGACUGGUAGCACCGCUUGUCAGAAAAAAAAGAACUUGCCAAAGACUUUAGUCAUACAAGGUUAAAGAGGUUAGGAGCUGUGGAAGACAAUCACCCGCGAAACACUUCACUAUCCAAGUGGAAUUCGUGCCAAGGAGUCGGGAGCCAUUGACAUACUUUGUGCAUAAGCACACUAAAUUGAAUAUUCCCACACUACAAUAUAGACCAUACUAUUGAAGUGUUAGUUAAAUAUAAUUGUAUGUAUAUAACAGAAUCCACACUCAAAGAGAGGUAAAGUAGAUUUUAAAAGAUAGUAUAAAUUAUC